GUUGCCACCACAUUAUUCCAGCAGGAAAUGCAAAAUGCUUAAUAGAAUAAUACUACAGAGAUCGUACCGUCCAAUUCAGAUCCUAGCAUUUAAUCGAAAUCUUGCAACAAUAACUAAGUUUGACACUAAAAAGUUUGUUCAACUUUUACAAGAAAAAGGCGACUUUACUCAAAAGCAGGCCGAAACAGCUGUACAGGUAGUAAAUUCUGCAAUCAACGAUGGAAUAAGUUCUAUAACUAAUAACUUAGUGUCUAAGGAAACACUAUCAUCCAAUGCAUACCAACAAAAAGUUGACUUUGCUAAGCUUAAAGGUGAGUUACAAACAAUGGACAAGGCAGAAUUUACAAGUUUGAAAAAGGAGCAAGAAAAGCUACGCACCGACUUAACCAAUUUGAAGAAUCGGUUAAAGGAAGAAAUAACCAAGAACCAAGCUGGUGUUCGAUUGGAUUUGAAUUUGGAAAAGGGAAGAAUUAGAGAAGAAAGUUCAAUCCAUGAGCUGAAGAUUGAAGAAACUUAUACGAGAAUUGACGAAGAAAUCGCCAAUAUGCAAAUGCAAAUCAAGUCGGUAAAGACUCAAGUUAUGCAAUGGUUGAUUGGGGUAUGUUCCGGUACUUUUGCUUUGAUGUUAGCCUUCAUUAGAUACUUUGGUUAGUCGAUUCAAGUAAAUAAUACCACAAAAUAGUAAAAUUGAUGUAAUCUAAUCCGUCUAG